GAUCCUCUACUUUAUUGGCAGCUCGUUUAAACAAUGGAUCUGGCGUGAGUGUUAUAUUGAGGUUAUGUGAUUGUUCAAUAUUAUAUCCAAGGAUUUGGGAGGCCUCACAUCUGAGUCCGGUGUUUAGGGAAUCCAAACACAAUUUACAUGCGUCGUUUUUUUUGUUGAACAUAAUCGCAUGUGCUCAAUUGAUACAAUCAAUAGGAAAUUACUCACUCUCUGGCAAACUUCACCUCAGAAGAAUGACCUGAUUACGGGGAGCGGUUAAUUGUCAUUUUCCAUGUUAUUCUUUAACUAUUUUGAGGCGUUCGAUCAUGCCAUCGCAACCUAUGGAAAGACACAACGAUUUACGACUGUUAAGUGUUUACCCUAGUUUCUCAUUACGAUAAGCUCUUCAAUCUUCGUUCGACAGUUAUUCAACCUCGAGAUCAUGAAUGAAAAAUACAGUUUCGAGUAUGAAUAAAUAAUCAUCUCUUCGGUCACUUGUUGGUGCCGCUGUCAGUAGAUAUAGUUCGGUAUCAUUGUUAACAUUCGAAGAAGGAUUUUGUCUGUGCAUUGAAUGAAAUUAACCAAGGAGGCUUCUUUAUUUCCUGCAACUGUUUUUGGAUACGACCUUACAUUACCAGGUCAGAGCAAAUUGAAUCUGCCCACGCGUUACAUCAGAGCUAGAGAUGUAAGGGGGAUAGCAAAGACCUUCAUGUGCGUCCAUGUUUCUAAUGAAAUCGGUCAUCACAUUUCCGCAUCGCAUCAGCUAUAGCAUCCAGUUUGCUGCUGGAUAUUUAUAAGAGGUGGACUGUCUCUUUAAAAUACGUUAUAAUGACGCGUCGUGGAGGACCGAUUUCCGAUUUAAUAUGGGAUUCGUACUCGAUGAGGGGACCUGAGGUUAAGUCGAUCACCGGGGCAUUAACCAAACUCCAGUAUAACAGCGUGGUCGUCGUCCUCUUCACGAUCAUCGCUAUCCUGGGGUUGUUUCUUAUUCUCCUCAUGAUGUCGAAUUCUGGAUGGACAGCAGCAGACUUCCAGGUGCAGAGUUCAUAUGAGCAUCGCAUGUUGAAGAUCGAGAAUUUACGUCUUUCACUUGAAGCUAGUGAGAAAAAGGAAAAGAAGUUAGAAGAUGAAAAGAAGAGUCUCUCGAACAAGCUUGAGCUAGUCUCCAAGAAGUUCCUUGACACGAGGAUCGAGUUUGAUAAAGCGAACAAGAAUGCAAAACGUACCAAGACAGAGAUGGACGAUCGACUGCAUCAAGCCCUGACAGAAGGAUCCAAAGCGCUCACAAGCUACCAAAACACCAAGGCGAGGGCAGAUGAAUUAGAAGAGAUUCUACGAGAGGUAAGAGCGGAGAGAAGACUCGUUCAAACGGAGAACGAAGCUCUGGCAGUUAAGCUUGGAAGAGCGAUUGAAAAGGGCGAGGCUGCUGAAGAUGAGAUUAACAAGCUCAAGGCGUAUUAUGGCAUGAAGGCUGACACACCCAGAGCAAUCUUAGUACCUCAGGACAACACUGAUCCAUUGCCACAGACGGGUAUAAAAAAGACAAAGAUAGAUCCUAUACAAAUCAUUCCUGAAGAUGUAGCGAGGACACUAGACGAAGAGAUACAUCAGGGACAUAGCCAUCGGAGAUUGCCUUCGAAAGUAGUACCGAAGCCAAGGACCAAUGGUGUCUUUGUCGAAACUGUCCUCGACCUACCACCCACUCAUAAGAAAAAUGCUCAAGCUACGAUGCGUGAUGAAGUCUGACAAAGCUUUGACCCUUACUGCAGAUGCAUUUGGGGCAUUAUGAGCGUUUUCUUUGGCGAAGAACUUGCUUGUCUUUCAGUGUAUCAUUAUGUUAUCCUUCUUUUGAUGUCGCUACUUUCUCACGAGAAUCAUGUAAAAUCUACGAAAUGUGGUGAAGUUCUAACAUUUCCUCUACAAAAUAAAGUUUAACAUUGAGAGUGACAAGCAUAGAACAAUGGUUAUCGAUAUCAUAAAUGAAAGACUGACGAAUUUGAAACUACACUUUUGCUACACGUGCCUUGUGGACUGAGAUCCGUAGUGGUGCCAGCUAAGACUGCACGGAAAUGAUGGAAGUAUCUUUUGAUAAUCUUACACUUCCAUUACAUCCAAGACGCUUCAUUAAUCAUAUCUAUUCUAAAAUGAGGACUUGGUUAAGAAUAU